AAAAAAAAUGUGGUAAUAAAAUACAGUUUUUAAUUGGCUCCCGUAUUCCUUGAUUUUGAGCUGCCCCAGCUUGUAUCAGCCAUGACCAGUGAUCGCUUAAUCCUGCUGCAGUUCAGCAUGCACUGUUUCAAGAUCAUUUUUAUCUACUGCAUAUGUGUGAAUGUCCUGGAGCAUUUUUUCCAACGGAUCCAGGAAAACUAAGCGGGGAAAUAACGGGCGCCUGGAAAAUGGAAACAAUAAAAAAUUAAUCGGCAAUAUUUCAAAA